GGCGGUGCCCUUGCUUCCGGAUCCGGUCUCAGCUCUGGGAGGGAGCCGGAGAUGCUGCAGGCGCCGAGAGGGCGGGCCAGGGCCGCACUCCGGAGACUCGCGGUUGCUACGCGCACCAUGGCUGGAGCGCCCACGGUCUCGCUCCCUGAACUCCGUUCACUCCUAGCCUCCGGCCGGGCCCGGCUCUUCGACGUGCGCUCUCGCGAGGAGGCGGCAGCUGGGACCAUCCCAGGGGCGCUCAACAUCCCGGUGUCCGAGUUGGAGAGUGCUCUGCAGAUGGAGCCAGCUGCCUUCCAGGCUUUAUAUUCUGCUGAGAAGCCAAAGCUGGAAGAUGAGCAUCUCAUUUUCUUCUGUCAGAUGGGCAAGCGGGGCCUCCAGGCCACGCAGCUGGCCCGGAGUCUUGGAUACACUGGGGCUCGCAACUACGCUGGAGCCUAUAGAGAAUGGUUGGAGAAAGAGAGUUAGGCAGGAGGCAGCUUACUGAUUGCCACCCCCUGGCCCCUUAAUGGCCACCUUAACUAAGGGUGUGAACGGGCUGACUUGGUGAAUUGGGCAACUCCUUAUAGUGUUGUGCACACAAAAGCAUCAAAUAAAGAACAUUUAAUCAAA